AUGGAGUCGAAAGCUUCAACCAAACCUAGUUCAGGUCGAACAUACCCAAUCCAAUCGAAGCCUCCGAAAGAUAGAGACUUUUUGAACCAUCUAGAAGUUUACCUUGCAAAGAGAGAUGGUGUAGACAAACUCCUUAAAAUCUCAAGGUACGCCACCAAGAUCAUCCUUGCCUCCUCGGCUCUCCCGGAAAACCUAACCGUAACCGGCCGCCUCAAGAGCUUCGAGUCCAGCGUUGGCCUCAGUCGGAAGGCUUUCAGGCUCGGAAAAUUCGUCCAAGACGUGAACGCCCUAAGGAACUCGCAAUUCGACUCGAAACAGGAUAUUGCUCUCUCGGUGAUUGCUUAUGGAGGCGAGGGAUUGUAUUAUUUCGUCGAACAAUUUGUGUGGUUGGCGAAAUCAGGGUUGAUCGACCCAAAACACACCCGGAAUUUCCAACAGCUGAGUGCUUGGGCGGAGUUUAUUGGGUACCUUGGAAGCAUAUCGUUGAAAUUUAGGGAUUUGAGUCGGAUUAGGGAAGACGAAGCGUGCCUAGAAUCGAGCAUCGGAAUUGCGAUUCUAAGAGAAAUCGGUUAUCAGGAUGAGAAAGAAAAAUUGAAGAAGAUAAGGGAGAAGAAAUUGAUGAAGAAAGUCUCGAUUUUUCAAGAUUUGGCUGAUGGGUUAAUGGCUUUGGCGGAUAUUAGGAAUGGGAAAGGUUUUCUUUUGGGGCCUCUUUCAGUGUCUUGCGCUGGACUAUUAUCGGCCAUUGUUAGCACUCAUAAGAACUGGGUAUCUUGCUAAAACUCAUCAAUCAAUCUUUUCGUUCUUUGUCAUAAUUCUACAGCCAAAAACUCUACAAAUAAAAACAGAUUAUAGUCUCUGAAGUCUGAACCUCCAAAAAAAAAAAACAAGGGAUUUCUCCAACUUUGUAAUACUAAUAAUAUUAGUAUAUUUCAUAUUUUAUUUUUUCUCUCCCACCUUUCCAACAAGAGAUUACAGUUGUUUGUAUCUCCGUUCUUGGAUUUCAAGUGGGUUUUUGUCAAUUUCCAAUUUCACUCAAUAAGAUAGAGUUGAUAAUUAUUAGUAUAA